AUGCUAAACGCCCUCGAGGGAGCGCCAACGAGAUGGGGUGAUGUGUUCGCUACACGGAUGGAACAGCUGAGAGCUCAGCUGGAUACGGCUCAACGACCUCGUGAACGUCACUCACGAAACUUGAGAACAUCUUGGAUGACAAUGGCGAGGGAACGAAACGAAACGAGUGGAAGAGAUGCUGGGGCCCGCACUUCCAGUGAAGACGGGCCAUCUAAGUAUCUAAGUAACUAA